UGUGGGUUUCUACAAUGAAUGCGCCUAAAGGAAAUUCUAAAAAACCGGUCGCAAAAAAGUCGAUAAGAAAUGUCCUGGUGCAACCCUACGAAGUGACGUGGCCUACCAUUCCGAAGGAUGAUUUCGAUGAGUGUGUUCGCCGUCUCGAGCAAGUGGACCGCAAAUAUUUCGUCUACGGCUGCAAUCCCGUAAUAAGGGCACUGCAAAACGGCACCAGUCCGGUUUUCUUCAUCCUCAACUCGUUUCAUCCAAAGAUUUUCGCAAAAACAAUCAUCCGAAUGGCACGCAGGCGAAGUCCGAGUGUACUAACGCUGUCGCUUCCCUCCUUUCCGGGCCAACCUAAACAGGACAGUAUGAUGAUGGCAAUCGUCCCGAACCAAGAGAGCGAACCUGCACCGGCAAUUAAGGCGCUUCUUGAAUGGACAAAGCAGCUAUGUGUGCGGGAAAAGUUCAUCAAAGCAGCCAUCGAUCAAGUGAAGAAAACUGCAAAAGUAUCAAAGAAAGCAAAACGAAAACAUUCAAGGCAACCCUUGACGAAGGAACAACUGGCCGCUCUCUACGUUUUGCAACCGAUCGGCGAAGCGCAGGAAGAGAAAUUGAAACGUAUCGUCACAAAACCUGAUGCUCCCGCUGCGCAGGAUACGUUGGAUUUUAUUUCCUUUUCCGGUGACGAUAAUAAUCGGAAGCGUAAAGCGGCGGACUCUCCGAGUUCCACAGUUUCGAGCAAUCGUAAACAACCGAAAGAAACUUACGUGCCGUUAAAGAUAAAUCGUGUCCAGGGAAACGCUAAUCGAGUGGAGCACAAGAAAAUAAAGCGACGACACUUAUAA